UCCCGCAAACACGGUGCAUCAUUCCGGUGAUUUACGACGUCAUGUGGCUUGGUGAAGCGCAGUUUCCGAGCUUGAUCGCGACACACGCGCUCGAAGGUGCCCAGAAUGGCUCGCAUACGACAAAUGCUGCUGAGCCUUCCGCCGCAUGUGACGUUCGCAUGGCAUGGUGCGAAAUACACCGGCUCUCUAUCUUCAUCGCACAAGGGUCCAGAGCCGUUAUCUCAGCUCUCAAUCCAAAAUCGAUCCAGCGACACACUGAUUCUGAGCCACCACGACGAAUCUACCGUCGCUUUGGAUCAAUCUGCAUGCACCGUCUUGCUGGGCCCAAGAAAGGUUAGCAAUGUUGACCUCCAGCCCUUAGCUCAGAAUACAGCGUUAGCCGGACUUGUCAGGGACGAGCACGAGGUAGGAGCUGCGAAUCACGUCCAUCCAGAUUGAGGGCGUACCCUGCAUACUCCUGCCUUUCCCCUGGGCCGAGGUACCAUCUGCUGCUUCUCUACCCCUCUUCGAAAUCUCAAACGUGUAAGCCGCUCGGCUCGGAUGGCGAUGUCUUGGCGUCGAGGCAGUCGAGUCUUUGACGACUCUUGAUCUGAUCCGACUGCACCCUUCUGCCUACUAUCAGGUCGAUUUUUUCUCAGGCCAUCCCAUUGCAUAUUCAGAGCCGAGCAGCCUGUUCCUAUCCCUUUUGCUUGCGACGCGUAGGUCGAUAUGUUUCCUCAUGAACGCCAUGCCUCAACUCCGCGUGCGCUGUCUCCAGCUUAAUGUUGAAGAAGCAGGGGGCAUGAGCUGACCCUUGGGCGCGUGGACACGUAUUUUCUGCCCAAAGUUACUUUGCUGGA